AGUGAGUCGGCCUCUUCGCAGCCAAAAAACUUCUCCUAAUUUCUUUGUCUCAAAACAACAUCUUGGACAAAAUCUUUCCCCGUCUCUUUUUUUCUAAUUUGACACUCUCCCUUUCAUCUCAGCAAUUCCCAGCUGUCUGCUGCGUGACUACUUGCAUCUUGUCUUCCCGGCGCUCUCGUAUACGCUGGUUUACCACUCGUCCAUCCCUAUCAUGUCUCGCUGUUCGAGUUAGACGCCCCUGUCCACGUCCUUGUGCCUGUUCGAAUUUGCUGCGGGAACUUGACUCGACUCGUUUCCCGACCAGGCUCGAGUUUUGCUACGAACGCCUACCAUUUCCCACACCCAGCGGAUCGCGCUGCUUCGGCCCUUGGGCAUAUUACGCUCUCACGACAUCUGAUAUUCCCACCCUCUAAUUCUGCGACUCGUCUCUCCUUUAAUUGCCAUACAAUCUCCACCCUGCUCGUUUUACAGUUGGGCACAUCCCACAGCCUCGAAUCAUCCAUCCUUCUCUCCAUCGCGCACCACUUAUCGUCUCCGAUAACCGACUGGGGACAUUGUCAAGUCUUCAAACCAUCUAAGGGCACACCGCAGGGACGAAAAGAAAGAGGUGGAUUCUGGCUCGAGGCAGAACUCUUGUCAUCAAGAGGUCUCAUUGAACCCGAAGGACAUUUGUAGAGAUGGCAGCUUUCUCUAACGCCUCUGAUGCGUUCUAUGACGACGUCUCAGGCAAUUCCCCGAGAGCGUAUCGAAGUGCACAGUUGAAUCGCCAGGGCGGUAGGGGUGAUCCCUACGGAAGCAUGAGCGCGCCUAUGUUUGGAACAGAGAGCGCUUUGCCAAACAUGCGCUUCGACGGCAUGCGAGAUAGCUUUGGUGGCCCCAUGCAGAAUCCUGGGGUUGGAAAUAUCAAUUUCCCCUAUGAUGCAAGCGCUGCUCAAACCUGGAGUUCUGGGGGAGCGUCUCUGCAAUCCUUCGGCAAUGGCAUGGGCGGCAUUCCUCAAAAUGCGAACUAUGGGCCAUCGCGAAGUGUCAAGCCCAGCCGAGGUCGUGUGGGCAUUUCGAAUAUUUGGUAUGAUCAGCCAGGACAGCUGCAGCAACAACACCCUGCUAUUGUGGGACACCGACCAGGUCCUCAAGGUCGUAAUGACCAGCAGGAAGACGAUGACGAACUGAUCCCUACUGCGAUUGUGAUUAAGAAUAUCCCUUUCGCCGUCAAGAAGGAGCAACUCGUCCAACUGAUGGUCGAUAUGAACCUACCUCUUCCAUAUGCGUUCAACUAUCAUUUCGACAACGGUGUCUUCCGGGGAUUGGCCUUCGCAAACUUCACUUCUCCGCAAGAGACCGAACAAGUCAUUCAGGCUUUGAAUCAUAUGGACUUAAGCGGUCGUAAGUUGCGCGUUGAGUACAAGAAAAUGUUGCCUCUUGCUGAACGAGAGCGCAUUGAAAGAGAGAAGCGCGAACGGCGUGGUCAGUUGGAGGAACAACAUCGCCCCAUGGCACAAUCGCAGCUUCAUAACCAGGUUUCACUGUCGUCGAUUUCGCGAAACACCCCAUCACCCCUGUCGCACCGCAGCACAAUGCCUGAUGUCGACAUGAAUGACCCUAAGACUCUCGAAUUUUAUACCGAGAUGACCUUGUUCAGACGAGACCCUACUCGUGAAGUCCUCAUAUUUCCCCCAACACUAGAACCUCACCAUCGUCGCGUUGUCCACACCUUGGCCCACCAUAUGGGUUUGAUGCACACAUCCCGCGGCACUGGAGACCAGCGACAGGUUCACAUCCACCGACCAGCGCCUGGCACAAAUGUAAGCCCACCGACCCUCGCAGGCGGAUUUGGGACCAAUGACGGUAUGCGCCAGACUCUUGCCAGGUCCUCCACAGCGGACUUCAACGACGGCAGACAAUACGAGGGACCUGCCUUUAACACUCUCCGCGGUCAAUCCUCGGUUGGGCUGCUGGAUGUCAUGGAUUCCAGCGCCUACGGCAGAAAUGCUGAUAGCAACCUCCGCAAUGCCAAGUCCUUUGCCGAUCUGCGAUCAUGGAGCCCGUCGCCCGUGCCUUCUUCUGCAAGCUUCCCUGCAGCCUUGCAGACCAAUGGAGCACGUUUGCAAGCGUUGAACGAUACAGCUGGCUCCAACACCCCCACAUUGACUCCGACGGCCUCUAACGCAGGCGUCAACCGAGAUGAACCAUUCCUCAUCUCCAGCUUCUCGAACCUUUCCAUGACUAACAACAGCGGCAGCCAGACCAGCCCUCGCCGGCAACGCAGCUUCUUCGGGAACGGAUCUGAGUGGACUGAUGGCCAGAACUACCAACCCACUGCCCCCAUUGGCAGCAAACGAACCGUCAGCAUAGGGCCAGAGACGACUUCCCAAAACACCAACCCCCUGCGUCAGUCGCGAGGGCCGAGUUCAACCAGCGCCAUCGGAUUCCGCCGACAAAACGGACGUGGCAGCGAUGAAUUGCGUACGGCCGCAUCAGCAAUUGCCGAAUGAAGAGACUAAGCAUAUACCCCCCUACUUUGAUGACGCUCUCUGCUGAGCAAUUGAUGAGUCAAUGAUCCACGAACGACAUGACCACCUCCUAUCAGGAAACAGCAAAAAGUUAGACGCAUAGGGCAGCCUACACGACUGCAUGAUUGGACUACAGAAAAAGAUUGUUGUAACGAAAUGACACAGGACUCCACGGGUGCGGCAUAAAGCAUUUUGUUACGAGAUCCCCAAGAAAGAAUGAUUGGCCCUGGGUUGUACACUUUGUUUCUUGACUUGAAUUUCCGAGAGAGCAGUGCAUUACGGGCGUUGAGCGCCAGAGCGCUCGACAAGGAGCUCAUACCGAGAUUGUCGACUAUGGGGCAGUCGGUUUGGUAUGGGACGAAGCGGAGGGAGCCUCCUUGUCAUGAUUUGCGUUUUUGAUUGUGCGGGAGAUGGAUUUAUGGAUGGGCUACACUCGUUUUUAAUCAGUCGGCAGACCACCUCGAAGGAGUGGUAGUAAUACCAGAUGAUUGUUUUGUUUGAUUAGAAUGGAUCUUGAUCGUUGAAUCAACUUGGCUCAGCCUUGCCGAAUGGCCUCCCAAUAGUUCCUCAGCUGGAGGAUCCAAUUAGAGCGAUAGAGCGAAUGAUUACAUAAGAGAUGCCA